AUGUCGUCGACACAUGAGGAUAGGUUAUCGAUUGGCGAAGCGUCGCAUGGAGAGAUAUCGCUAACGAAACUGCUUUUAGCCGCAGAUUUGAUGAGGUACGAAAAUGAUAUGCGAGAUGUGCUGAAGUUACGACAUGCUGGUGACUUACAAUACGUUGAAGAACAAGAUCUUACUGGCAUAGGUAUGAGUCGACCGGAACAGAAGCGUCUCCGUAAGGAAUACACCCGACUAUAUCCGAGUGGAUUCGUCGGCAAAUUGAAGAAAGUCUUCGGGAGGUCCGAAAGCGCUGAUCGCCGGGAGAUUGUGACAGUACGAGAGGAAGACGAGGAGGAUCAACAUGUAAUUCCACCGGAAAAGAUAACCCUCUGCAAGGAGCUUGGCCACGGUGAAUUUGGCUCCGUCUGGCAAGCAUCGUGGAAGGGUGGGCCGAAUGGAGCCGAAUCCAUGCAGGUGGCGGUGAAAUGUGUAGCACCGGAUAAGCUCAUCACUAGCUCAACGGCAUUCCUACAAGAAGCAGCGAUUAUGACAAAAAUGCAUCAUGAAAAUGUUGUCCGAUUGUAUGGAGUUGUGUUGGAUAUGAAAAAGGUUAUGAUGGUUUCUGAACUAGCAACAUGCGGAUCGUUGCUCGAAUGCCUUCAUAAACCAGCUCUACGGGAUUCGUUCCCAGUCCAUGUUCUAUGCGACUACGCAGAGCAAAUCGCUAAAGGGAUGGCGUAUCUGGAGUCGAAGCGACUUAUACAUCGAGACCUGGCAGCGAGGAACGUGCUGGUUUUUGGUCCCAAAAAGGUGAAAAUCUCGGACUUUGGAUUAUCACGAUCACUUGGAGUAGGUGAGGACUAUUAUCGGAGCGAAUUUUCCACUUCCCUUAAGCUCCCUAUCGCCUGGUGUGCUCCUGAAUGUAUUAACUUCCUCAAGUUCACCUCAGCGUCAGACGUGUGGUCGUACGGUGUAACUUUAUGGGAGAUGUUUUCUUACGGAGAAAUGCCGUGGAAUGGAAAAACAGGCGCAGAGAUUCUUCAACUAAUCGACCAAAAACGAGAACAUCUCGGCCGGCCAACAUCUUGCCCUGAGGAUAUGUACGCAAUGAUGGAAGAGUGUUGGAAUUACGCUCCAAUAAAAAGACCAACUUUUGCGCAAAUUAUGACGCAAUUCCCAGAAAGACUUCCUCAGACAGUAAGAGCUGUCUGCGACUGCCGUGAUUCCGCUAGUGAUCAUUUACAGUUCCGAAAAGACGAUCUUAUCGUGGUUAUUGAUCGGACGCCUUCAAGUUAUCCUGACGGGUAUUAUUGGUUUGGUUCGCUGCGGAACGGCCGAACUGGGCUAUUUCGACCUACGGAUACAGUUGCUCAUCUAGGUGCAGAAAAUCCAUCAACCGUUGAAGUUAUUUCCAGUGGAUGUGUAGCAAAAAAUAUAGAAAGGAAAGAGAAAGAGGAGAAGAAACCAACUAAGAAGGACAAGGAACGUGAGCGUGAAAAACGAAAAGCGUUGAUCUCAGAACCGGUCGGAGAGGUUCGACAUACGUGUCAUGUCGGUAUCGAUGGGACUGCUUUUGGCCUACUUCAGCUAGACAAAAAAGACCUCGCUCCGACAUCCGCUUCUCCGUCAGCGGCCAGGACUAACGGUUCGUCAUCAUCACGACCGCAACAAUCUCCUUCAUUGUCACAGGUUUCAUCACCGGUUGUUCUCAGAGACGUAGUUGCUCGUGACGGUGUCAAUGUACGGGAAACGAUGUCGUUAAGAGAUGUGGCUACUAUAAAAGAUGCGGUGACAUUCCGAGAUGUGACGUCACCACCGGUCUCGCGAGCACCCUCCCAGCCACCCCCGUCAACAUCGCAACAGUCAUCGCCACAAGUGCCUCGAUCAAGCGUGUCACCAAGUGCUCCUCCGCUUACGGAAUCAGCUCUUAAUUCCAUGAAUCGUAGUAUGCAAGAGGAGUUUGUGGAACUCUCCUCCACUCCUGCUGCUCCUUACCGCAGCGAGACGCCGCGCCAUAAACCGCCUAUCAGCGCCCCGCUUGCUAAACCGAUUUCUGCCGUUUAUGCAAGGACCCCUGCUCGCGACGUGACAAACACGAGCGUUUUCCAAUCCGGACCCAACACUGAGGAUACGAUCCUCUGCGAUGAAGUUGGGCAUUUGGAGAGAGAUCUAACGGAUUUCUCCCUAUCUUCACUAAAUGAUCUCGUAGAUGAUACGCGACCACUGCUUUCCGACAAUGGAAGAGUCACUGGCCAACCAAGGGCUACGAGCAGUGCUUCCUCGUCAUCAACACCAUCUCCGAACUCGAUCCGAUUAAUGACGCCUGAAGAAUUGCAGCGAUGGCAUGACAAAGAGGCCCGAGAGCAUAGAAAGGCUGAUUCUAAAUUAAAUGGUUCGCGUCGUAAGGAGAUGCUUCCAGAUGGCCCAAUCGUUGACGAAAAGUCGUUCAGUGCUCGACAGACUAAACCGGUCCCACCGGAUUGGUCAGUGGAAGCGCAGGAAGCGUACAAACUAUUGGUGGAAUGUGGUCGUGAUCUCACAAAUACACCUUCACCACGUUCCUCACCAACAUUUGAUCAAAGGAAACGAAUAACGGUUAUCGAAAAGAAACCAGCAUCUGUGUCGCCAGUACCGUGUAAGCCCGCCACGCCGCCUAUCGCUAACUUACGCGAUCGUGCAGCGGGAAAUAUAAGCGAGAGCGUAGAAGAUAUAACAAGUUACUCUCCACAAAAACGAGUGCAUAUAAUUGAAACAAAGCUGUUGACGACGAAAUCAACGGAUGAGGAGCGCGCUCCACCCGGGCUUCCACCCAAAUUCGACCAGAAACCGCCACCCUGCAGACCUCCAAAGACUCGUAACAUUCCUGUUGUUAUGAAUGGUCGUUCAAUCAACUACGACAAUUUGAACGGUAUCGGGGCCGGUCGAGCACCACCACCAGUGCCGCCGAAACCGAAAAUGAAUAUUGUACGCCCGACAUCGAUGUCUCCUCCACCAGCAACUCAACAGCUGCAAAUCGACAAAGAAUCACCAGGGUUUGCCCCGUCGAUCACUCGUGGAAGCUUAUUUAAUGCGACAAAAAAAGAGGAGGUUAUCAAGUUUUGA